AUGGGCGCGAUGGAACAGCUGAGAAGUGCGAUGGAUCAAGCAGGAUCAUGCGCCUGUGUCGGGAUUGACCCAGUUCUUGAACGACUUCCGGAUGAGAUCGAAGGCGAUCCGAUCCAGCGGAUGCGUGCGUUCUGCCUUGGAGUGCUCGACUCGAUCGUUGGGAAAGUGGGGGUUGUUAAGCCGCAGUCUGCGUGCUUUGAGCGAUUCGGGAGCGCGGGGUAUGGAGUGCUCGAACAGGUGGUGGGGCACGCGAAGGAUCUCGGAUUCGUGGUGAUCCUCGACGCGAAGCGCGGAGACAUCGGGUCAUCGGCGGCGCAUUACGCGGGCGGGGCGAGAGCGAUGGGCGCGGAUCUGAUCACCUGCUCGCCGUACAUGGGGCGCUCGUCCAUCGAGCCGUUCCUCGAAGAAGGACUCGGCGUGUUUGCGUUAUGCAGAACAUCCAAUCCCGAUGCGGACGAGUUGCAAACACUCACAGUGAAUGAUGGCGUGACACUCGCGCAGCACACAGCGAAGAUGAUUACUGGAUUGGGUGAUCAGGUCGGCGCGGUGGUUGGCGCGACGAACAACACGGCUGAGACGCAAGCUUUGAGAAUUGAAAUGCCGCACGCGUUGUUCCUCGUCCCAGGAGUCGGUGCGCAAGGCGGCACGAUCGCGGAUGUCAAUGCAAUGUGUAUCGAGGGUGCUUCUACACAUGGCGGGUUGGGUGUAGUAAUCAACGCAUCACGAUCAGUGUUGUAUCCGAACCGUGAAUCAGGGGAGAACUGGUCAGAUUCGAUUGGUCGUGCCGCGGGUGUGUUUGCGUGCGAGUGUGCUUCGCUGCUCAGUUGA